CUUAUCUUCAACUGAAAAUCUCUCUCACCACUCCCACUCUCCCACUCUCUCUCUCUCUCUCUCUCUGUGUCUGUUGAAGGCGUCAAUGGCAGUGUCCAGCUUAAAGUCCAAAGCUCAAGUAGAAAAUUAUGGUUUUUGCGAGCGGACAAUCGGCACAGAUGGCCUGAGGAAACAGAUUCUUCGGAAAGGGAAUUCCUGGCAGACUCCUUUUCAUGGGGACGAGGUUGAAGUUCAUUUCAGUGGGCAGAUUGAAGGUGGAGCUUUUCUCGAUUCGAGUCGUAAUGGGAGUUCAUUUAAGUUCAAGUUAGGCCAAUGUGAAGUCAUCAGAGGAUGGGAUGAGGGGGUUGCCAUGAUGAAGAAGGGCGAGCGAGCAAUCUUCACCAUUCCUCCGAACCUUGCAUAUGGUGAACUCGGCUUCCCUCCUCUCAUUCCUCCCGAUUCGACUCUUGUUUACGACAUCGAGAUGAUAUCUUGGAGCAGCAUCAGGGACUUGACGGGUGAUGGAGGAGUUCUGAAGAAGAUUGUAAAGGAAGGAGUGGGAUGGGCAACUCCUCGAGAUGGCGAUGAAGUAGUAGUUAAAUACGAGGCAAGGCUAGAAGAUGGAACAGUUGUCUCCAAAUCUGAGGAAGGGGUCGAGUUUCAGUUAGGAGACGGAUAUCUAUGUCCUGCCAUGAGCAUAGCGGCGAAAACAAUGAGGAGAAAUGAGAAGGCAGAGCUCAGUGUCAAAUUCUCUUAUGGAUUCGGAUACGUUGAGGAUGGACCAACAGACGUUGAAAGAACCACCUCAGCCAGUUCAAAUUUGUCUAUUGAACUGGAAUUACUGUCUUGGAAAAGUGUGAUCGAUGUCAUGGGAGAUAAGAAAGUUCUUAAGAGGAUAAUAAAAGCCGGUGAAGGCUUCGAACGUCCUAAGGAAGGAUCUGUCAUCAAAGUGGCAUAUAUUAGUAAACACAAGGAUGGAACAGUUAUCGAAAGAAGGGGAACGAUGGAGGAACCCUUUGAGUUUGUUAGCCUCGAGGAACAAAUCAAUGAGAGCCUGGAAAGGGCAAUCAUGACCAUGAAGAAAGGAGAACGAAGCAUUGUGACAGUCAGCACAAGCUCAGUCGUUCACUACGAAGUCGACUUGAUUGAUUUCACCAAGGAGAAGCCCUUCUGGAAGAUGGACUCUCGAGAGAAAAUAGAAGCCUGCGAGAGGAAUAAGAGUAUUGGGAAUUCACUAUUCAAGGCCGGGAAUUUCUGGCAAGCAUCCAAGAAGUACGAAAAGGCUGCUAAGUACUUAGAUUUUGACCAUUCAUUCACUGACGAAGAGAAGGCCUCAGCAAAUGCCCUGUGCUCAUCGUGUUAUUUGAAUAACGCUGCUUGUAAACUUCGGCUCGCGGAGUAUUCUGAAGCUUCAAAACUCUGCACUAAGGUCUUGGAGAUAGAUCCAUCCAAUGCUAAAGCCCUCUACAGAAGAUCACAGGCAUACCUAAAUGUUUCAGACUUGGAGAAAGCCGAGGCCGAUAUCAGCAGAGCUCUAUCCAUCCACCCGAAUGACAGAGAUUUGAAACUCGUGUACAAGGAGCUGAAAGAAAAGCAAAGGGAAUACAAAGUAUAUCAGGCGGAGAUGUCACGCACGAUUCUCUCGAGGAUGGUUUGAGUACGACUGCAGGACCAAAACCUGCGAGAUUUUUUGGAUCUUAUGCCGGUUCUGCUACAAGAUACGCCAUUCCUCGACAAAGCGAUUUGAUACUUCCAUUUUUUGGUCUUACGCUGCUUUUUGUUGUGGACGGAAAGAUACUGCUUACCUCCCCCUGUACUUAUCAGAAAACAAAUGACGAAAUGCAGAUCGAAUAGAGGA